UGAUCUUCAUCGUCAAUGUCAUGCCAAUCAGGAGUCGCCCUUGCCAAGGCUGACGUCGACAGGAAGCCGAUUCCCCAAUUUUGCUUAGGAUCCCAGUCUCUCGUCGCAUUCGGAUAGCAAAGAGCCCGAAGCGAACGAGGAAAUUCCGCCGUCUACAGUCGCCGUGAUUCCAGCGUGGUCCGGAGACAUGGAUGCUUUCUGUUCUAUGCUUCUUGGUCUACGAUAAUAUCAAAUCAACCCUGGACAAAGUCGUUCAACAUGGCCGCUUCUCAAACCGAUGAUGCGGAGGGAAAUCUCCUGCGGCCGCGACCCAUGAGAGCGCUGCCUGAAGCCUUGCGCGCUGCCGGUAAUCAUGGCAUCAAUGGUUUUGCUGAGGCAUCCUCAAGUAUUUCGAGUGGACGCUCAACCCCGGUUCCUCAGGAUGCGCCCCCUUCUGUCCAGUCCAUCUCCUCCGCGCGGAAACAGGCUCGAGCCCAAGCGAAACAUCGACUUUACCAUACCAUUGUGUACAAGAACCGAGUGUCUCAUUUCGAUCCGCGGAGUGACUAUCGAGACUUCCGAGGCUUCUUCGUCCUCUUCUGGAUCAGCUUGACCAUCAUGGUUCUCACAACAGGUUUGAGGAACAUCAAAGAAACGGGCCAUCCUCUUCGAGUGCAAGUCUAUGCAUUGCUGUCCAGAAACGUGGUGUCUCUGGCAUUGAGUGACGCCGCGAUGGUAGGCAGCACGGCUUUAAGUCUGGUCAUUCAAAAGUGGGUUCGAGGCCAAACCGGGAUCCUGCGAUGGAAAAAGGCAGGAAUUUGGAUCCAAAGCAUAUACCAGGCUCUCUGGUUGACGCUGUGGGUUGAAUGGCCUUUCCUGCUGGGCUGGACCUGGACUGCGCAGGUUUUCUUCGCUCUUCACACCCUGACCUUCCUCAUGAAAAUGCAUUCCUACGCCUUUUACAACGGACACCUGAGUGAAACGGAGCGCCGCCUGCACGAGUUGGACAAGCCAGAGACGGCCGACCGUGCAAAAGCGGUGAUUUAUCCCAGCUCACCAUCGCGCUUGACGGAACAACACCCCGACGACGUAAGCGAAAAGAGCACCGAGUCACUCGAAGAGCUCUCCCAGUUACGACAAGAUUUGGCCACCGAAUUAACCUCUCCGCUUGGUCAGGUCACAUAUCCCCAGAACCUGACUCUGUACAACUACGCCGACUACAUCCUUUGCCCCACACUCUGCUACGAGCUCGAAUACCCGCGGACACCCCACAUUCGGUGGCUCGAGCUGUCACAGAAGACACUGGCCGUGUUCGGGUGCAUCUUCCUCAUGAUCACGGUGAGCGAGGAAUUCAUCACGCCCGUACUCGCCGAUUCGGCCAUCCGUCUGCGCAGCGUGAGCACCUUCUCGGACAGAGCCCUCAUCCUGGCCGAGACCACCAGCAUGAUGCUCUUCCCCUUCAUGAUCACAUUCCUGCUCGUCUUCCUAGUCAUUUGGGAGUACAUCCUCGGCGCGUUCGCCGAGAUCACCUGCUUCGCCGACCGGCAUUUUUACUCGGAUUGGUGGAACAGCAGCGAUUGGCUCGAGUUCUCGCGCGAGUGGAAUAUCCCUGUCUACCACUUCCUUCGGCGGCAUGUGUUUUUCUCGUCAAAGGCAUACCUUUCCACGCCCAUCGCCAUGACCAUUACAUUUUUGAUCAGUGCGUUGGGCCAUGAGUUGAUCAUGGGCUGCAUCACAAAGAAGCUGAGAGGUUACGGGUUUAUCGCUAUGAUGUUGCAAUUGCCGAUCGUCGCCAUCCAGAGGAGCCCCCUGAUUCGUGGCCGGUGGGUUUUCAACAAUUCAGCAUUCUGGUUCAGCAUGAUUCUGGGGUUGAGCGGCAUGUGCAGCUUGUAUGUUUUGGUCUGAAGCAGCAACCAAGGGUUGGCCCUGUGGCAUCAUGGUGUUAUAAGGCCACAGAAGACCGUGACGACCGAUGUAUGGAAUUGACAUGCAACCACCGUCUUCACGAACGUGAACAAAGGCAUUUCAGGGUAUUUUCAGCAAUGGACACGAGCUUAUUACUCCUGCGUUGGUCGAUACUUGGAACCAGGGAAGCUCAUUUACGAAUGAUGGUUCUAAUCAGGUUUCGAGACGCUGACGACACGAUCUAUCUAACACGGAUAUUUGGGCUGGCGAGUUGGCGGUGGAACCGAGAUUGGAGAGGUUUCUCGUGUAAUGUCAUAUAGACUAUCUAGAAAUGUACAAUACGGAGUCCGAUAUAAUAGCAUCCAAUCUUAUAGAGCCAGUGCCACAGCACCCGAGAUGGACGGAAAUCGC